AUGAGCACCCCCCCCGAUGCCGCCUGGCUUGACGCUCUCCUGGGCGCGACCGACGGCGUGGCGAUCCCGCCUCAGUCGCAAGGUCUUGGCCCAAUCGCGCUCAGUAAGAUGUACCGUGACGCAGCCAUGCAGGAACAGGAGUCAUUGGCACUCGCCGCCGAGUCACCGAAACGCCGACCUGAGUCCGAGAUGCUCUCGGCAGUCCCCAAAGAUGGCGAAGACGUCUGUCUCGCAGACGCACGUCUCGACUCCCGCCGCGGCCUCGCUGCCGGGCACCAUAACGCCGGCAACGGAGGGCGGUGCUUCAGGUGCGGCCGGGCGGGCCACUGGUCCCGCGACUGCACCCACAUUGCAAUGGCCAUGACCGCUCGCAUGUCCUCGCCCUGCCACGUCUGCGGCGGCAUGAUCAACCCCACCUCCGACCGCAUCUGCCGGCUGAGCGUCGGGCCGUACGCGGGCAGGUGGGCGCACCACAGCUGCGCUCUUAACCAUCUCGUCAGCCUCGGCUUUAUCACCGCGGAAGACGCGAGCAACGUGGAGAUCUGA